ACUGAGCACCACAAUGGCCUGUAUCUUCUGCAAGAUCAUCAAGGGGGAGAUUCCGUCGCUGAAGCUCUUCGAGUCGGAGAAGACGCUUGCCUUCCUCGACAUCGGGCCACUCUCGCGAGGCCACUCUCUCAUCAUCCCCAAGCACCACGGCGCAAAGCUGCACGACAUCCCCGACGACCAGCUCGCCGAGGUGCUCUCCGUGACGAAGAAGAUUGCCGUCGCGCAGGGCGUGCAGGACUACAACGUUCUGCAGAACAACGGACGCAUCGCGCACCAGGAAGUCGACCAUGUGCACUUCCAUCUGAUUCCCAAGCCGAAUGAGACCGAGGGGUUGGGGAUUGAGUGGCCGACGAAGCCCGCGGAUAAGGGGGAGCUGCAGAAGCUGCUAGAGGAGAUCAAGAGUAAGAUGUGAGGAUAUGCAUGUGGACACGUAAACCAGUACGAAUCAGAUACAAGCAAUCGCAACAAGCGGAGCCUUGAGCAGCUCUGAGACGCCGUUACAUGUUUGUGGAUUCUCUAACC